AACCUUGUAGUUUGGACUUGACCAUAAAAGACAGAGGAGGAGAGGAGAGCGAGCAACAACUUCUGUCUUCUGAAGGGAGUUAAAACUGACGUCAGCAGAAAGUUAUUUUCAUGAAUGGAGGGGGCGGUCACGAGGAAUCGGUGACGUGAGUGCUUGCGGAAGCAGAGCGUGGAAUGUUGGUACAUUGUUGUUGUUUUGUAGUUAAUUUAGUCGGAGGAGACACGGCGGCCCGGCUGCUGGACGCGUUACACGCACUGUGUCAAGUUACUCUGUCGGCUGUGUGGGAAACUACUCCGGGAGAUUUUACGCAUUCCGCUCCACAGAUACCCGCGUCCACAGAGAGUGUCUUCUGUGAGAUUCUGGCCGGUUGUCUGCAUGCAGGGAAUGACGACUCAUUUCAAGACGAGCAAAGCUUUAAAGGUCAAGAGGGAGGUGGGCGAGAAUGCCCCGGCGCUCAGCGACGACGAGUUGGUGGCCAUGUCCGUACGGGAGCUCAACCAGCACCUGCGUGGGCUGACCAAGGAUGACGUCGUGCGGUUGAAGCAGCGGCGACGGACCCUGAAGAACAGGGGCUACGCCGCCAGCUGCCGCAUCAAACGUGUCACCCAGAAGGAAGAGCUGGAGAGACAGAAGAUAGAGCUGCAGCAGGAGGUGGACAAGCUGGCCCGCGAGAACGCCAGCAUGAGGCUGGAGCUGGAUGCCCUGCGAGCCAAGUACGAGGCCCUGCAGUGUUUUGCCCGGACUGUGACCCGCGGGCCCCUCUCGCCAGGAAAGGUGGCCACCACCAGCGUCAUCACCAUCGUCAAGUCGGCCAAUCACAACAACUCCAGCCCGACCCCGUUCUCGGCCCACUCCUAGUGUUGACAGGACUGGGCUCUCCUUGUCCUGCCUGGUCCUUCCCGGUUCUGACCCAGCCUGAACCCACUCAUCCUGUACUGAGAGGACGCUCAGUAGUUAGACUGAGGGAUGGAAUGGGGGUGGCAAGCUCUCUGUGAUGUUACGCUGCCUUCACGACUCUGUCUCCCUCCUUCUGUCUCUUUUACACAUUCUACGUUGUCUGUGCACUGUGCAAAAGCCCCCUCCCACCCCCUCCCAUCCCCAACCCCCAGCACCGGCAGGGUAUCGGACCUCUGUGACCCAUCCUCCACGACUGAUAGAGAUUUUGCUUUUACUCCAGUGUGAAAAAAGUAUGUGGCAUGCCUUAAUGUGGCAGCCCUGGUGUCGGACGGCUCUUAUACUUGAGACACGACAGAUUAAGGAUGUGACACUAAAGCCUAUGCCAAAAUCUCAAAAGUAGAAGUGUCUCAGUGUUAGAUUGAGCCUUUGAAGCCGUUGCCUUAAAAAGAACCAGCGAGCGAUCUGCAGAAAUGAUUAUCUAAUACUGACACGCAGUUAAACUCAGAGAUGACUCAUCGUUCCAGGUUACCAGUGGUCUUCAACCAGUUGCCUGUAAGUGCCGGCCAAACACCGCAACAGAUGUUUCCACUGAUUGGUUCACCUCUCUUCUGUUGGAAGGUGCACACCUGUU